AUGGCUCAUAAGCUUGCCUUCCUUUUUGCCAGUGUUGUUUUACCAGCUAUUGUCUUGGCCAAGGAUCAUGUAGUUGGAGAUGAGAAGGGGUGGACCAUCAACUUUGAUUACAAUUCAUGGGCUGAGGGUAGAGAAUUCAUGGUUGGAGACACACUAACAUUCACCUAUCCUCAAGGAGUACACAACGUUGUGAAAGUGAACGCCUCCAGCUUCGAAAACUGCAUCAAGGAACCAAACAAUGGCAUAAUGAAUUCCGGUUCCGACAAAAUUACCCUAGCUACCCCUGGGAACAAGUGGUACAUCUGCACCUUUGGGCAGCAUUGCGCUUCUGGUGGCCAAAAGCUGAAGAUCACAGUGUCUGAGAUGGCUUUCGCUCCUGGUGCCGAAGCGCCUACAAGCUCUGCAAAAUCAAACACUGUUGAUGGACUCACUCUCCUUUUCGGUGCCAUCUUCUUUGUGGUGCUAAUCGCAAUUAAUUAG